GGCGAAUCUGCUCACGUCCCUAGGUAAGUCCCGCCGCGAUUUGGCCGAAGAGUGUUUCUCUUCAAUUCAAUCGCCAAGCCUGAGAACUGACGCCAAUUCAUCAUUAGAACCUUCAAGUGGUUUCCUUUCCAGAAGGAGUUUCGGCCGGUGGACGAAGCCCUUAGAGACUCUUCCGACGACGAAGACGUUGGCUCGUCAAUUAACCAAGCGUACGAUAAAAUGUUUGAUAGUCCCGACGGUUUCCCUUUUGUGGUGGGUGGCCAGUUCGGAAGUGUCACUGAUCAGCAUCCGUCUGCCAUCCAAAUAUUUCAGUUAUGGCAGAUCUACCUAGACAAUGUCAACCCCCUACUCAAGCUGACACACACACCUACGCUGCAAGUGCGGAUAAUCGAGGCCGGAGCUAAUCUUGACAAAGUGUCUCGGUCGCUAGAGGCGCUGAUGUUUUCAAUUUACCUGAUGGCCAUCACAAGCAUAGAUGAAGCAGAAUGUCAGGCCACGUUCAACGAAUCAAGAAAUACGUUAUUGGCCAAAUAUUAUUAUUCUGCACAGCAGGCCCUUUUAAACGCAGGCUUCAUGCGUAAUCCAGAUAUCACCUUAGUACAGGCAUAUUUACUAUAUCUCUUGGGUUCCCGACAAUAUACGGAUCCCCGGACUAUGUUCUGCUUGACGGGGAUUGGUGUGCGGCUCGCUCAGCGCAUAGGGUUACAUCGCGAUGGCGCUCAAUUUAAUCUCUCUCCGUUCGAGGUGGAAGAGAGGAGGCGGUUGUGGUGGACCCUUGCAGGUUUUGAUCGACGAAUCGGAGAGCUCAGUGGCUCUAUUAUCACGGCCAUCUCCAAUGGAGGCAACUGCAAGCUGCCCCUUAAUAUCAAUGACGCCGAUCUACAUCUACAUGCUAAGGAUCCACCUCCUCCACACACCGGUGCAACUGAGAUGAUAUUCUCUCUUGCGCGUCUGGAGUUCGCCAAAGCUCCGGGGAACGACAAGAUGAAGGGCCAAUCAUCGGAGACGAACCCGCAUGCCAUUGCGAGUGUGGCUGACUAUCGGUUGUCAGGCUACCUUGAGCGGUUCUCAACUCACAUGGAAGACACUUACCUCAGAUACUGCGAUCCUAAAGUUCCACUGCAUUAUAUGACACUACUCAUGACAAGGUCAAAUAUCUGCAAAUUAAAGAUAGUGUCUGGUUUCUUCCGUGUUGCGCUUACGGCACCUACGCCUUUGCCGGCGGUCGAGAGGGAAGACCUCUUCAUCGAGGCUAUUAAGACAAUUGAAUACGAUAGCAUGAUGCAAGCUCGAGAAAACUUGAAAGGAUUUCUCUGGUAUACUCAAAUGCAUUUUCCCUUCCCGGCUUACAUUUGCUUGCUCGCUGACCUACGCCAUCGCACUACUGGUGAUUUAUGCGAGCGCGCAUGGGCAACCAUAUGCGAAAAUGCCGACCUGAGGAAGAUGACAGCUCACAUGCGAAGCCCAAUGCAUCUUUCCUUUAGUCCGCUAUUCGUAAGGGCGUGGGACGCGCGUGAGGCCGCCGAAGCCGCCCUUGGGCGAACCAUAGCGCCACCCCGUCUCAUUACGCAUAUGAGACAAGUGGCGGCAAGGUUGCCAAAGGCUGCCAAAAAGCAAACACCAGCCCCGACGCCUUCCCCAAAGAUCCCCGUCAUAAGUGGUUCUUACGUUGCAUCAGCGCAGACGCCACCAGAACAACAGCAAGCUAUACCAGGCGCUCUUCCGCUAUACUCCGAGUCCGAUGUGUUCUCCAAUUUGCAACAUAUUGAUAUGAAUAGGCAAUUCGCUACCGCCUUCCCGGACGUCAAUUUACCUGGGGAGAUGGACUGGAACUACUUGAUGCAGGAAUACAGCGGGUUCAUCGCCCACCCGCCACAGAUGAACGCCUAUGCGAACCAGGCGCCACUGCAAGAUCCCACGCAAGCUGCUGCUGCCUGGCAGUAGGUAUAUGUACAUUCUACCUUUAUUUUAUUUAUCAUUAUUUAUUUUCCUCUUCGGGUUUAUAUAUUAUUAUCAUGUGGGAUGUAUAUGGGGGAGUAACGGUAAUGGCUUGGGAGGGACUCGGGGCACAUACCCUUCUCGGUUUUGUAUAUACCUUUGUGGCAGGUAUAUAAAAGGUUUCCGGUACUCGGGAUUGUUGAUAAGGAUUAAAUAUCAUAUGUUCUUGUUCUGCACUUUAGGCGCAUUGGUGAAUUGGAUGUACGUGGCCGCAGUGACCGGAUAGCAGUCGUUUUCUUGUGCCUUGUUGUGAGUUCGUGAUGAUGGUAUGAUAGACACGAUAUGAAUCAACUGGGACGUUUAAGGGGACUUCGGUGCAGUAGAUAUGUACAUCGCGUCUUCAAGUUAGAGUGUUUGAUGCGUGAUAUUACUAAGUAGAAAGCUUGAGUAGAGGUAGACUAGUGUUGCGGAAUACUCACUCAUACGUACCCGAUUCUGGGAAGUUUUAACACAGAGAACAGCCAGCCAGCCAGCCAGAAAUUACUACGAGAUAUAUAUAUGUAGAAUUAUGGGAGUCUAGGAAAGAUACACUUGCUGAACGGAAGGGCCGGACGGAUGCACGACGGGAUAAAAAUAUCUCACGAGAAUGAAAAGUCAGAACAUGAGACACGAUGCGAGCAGUGGCGAUAUGUA